ACUGCUAGAUUUCUUAAUGGAGUUCGUUUUUAUUUUUAAUCUCAUAAACAAUUAAUUAGUCACGACUCAGGCGUUGUCAUCGCUACUGACGAUAUUCAGGAGCACCCCACCGUCAUGUUUCAUAAUAGAACCUCUUAUGCAGAACUACGAUUGAGAAAUAUCUAUUUUUCAUGAUUCUGACUCCACGCGAAUUAAAUGCAGUUGCAGUGUAGUGGAAACAGUCCACUUCUUCACCGUGAGAGAUCAGUGUGAGUCAGUGUGAAGACAUGGAACAGUACAGCAUUCUGGGUCGGAUCGGUGAAGGGGCUCAUGGCAUCGUCUUCAAGGCCAAACACAUCGAGACAGGAGAAACAGUGGCUCUGAAGAAAGUGGCUCUGAGGAGGCUGGAAGAUGGCAUCCCCAACCAGGCUCUGAGGGAGAUCAAGGCCCUGCAGGAGAUCGAGGACAACCAACAUGUAGUGAAGCUGAAGGAUGUCUUCCCUCACGGCACUGGCUUCGUCCUGGUGUUUGACUUCAUGCUCUCUGACCUCUCCGAGGUUAUCAGGAACUCUCAGCGACCUCUGACCCCUGCUCAGGUCAAAGGUUACAUGAUGAUGCUGCUGAAGGGCGUUGCCUUCCUGCAUCACAACAACAUCAUGCACCGGGACCUGAAGCCAGCAAACCUCCUCAUCAGCUCUUCAGGUCAUCUGAAGAUUGCAGACUUUGGUCUGGCCAGAUUGUUCACUGAGGAGGGGGAGAGACUGUACAGCCAUCAGGUGGCCACCAGGUGGUACAGAGCUCCUGAGCUGCUGUAUGGAGCCAGAAAGUACGACGAAGGAGUCGACCUGUGGGCGGUGGGCUGUAUUUUCGGGGAGCUCUUGAACUCGUCUCCUCUGUUUCCUGGAGAGAACGACAUUGAACAGCUCUGCUGUGUCCUCAGAGUGCUGGGAACACCAACACAAGACAGCUGGCCUGAGAUCGUGGAGUUGCCAGAUUACAAUAAAAUCACCUUUAAGGAGAAUCCAGCGAUCCCAUUGGAGGAGAUAGUCCCUGACACGUCUCCGCAGGCUGUCGACCUGCUUUACAAGUUCCUUGUUUAUCCGUCCAAACAGCGCUGCUCCGCCAGACAGGCUCUCCUCCAUCCAUACUUCUUCUGCUCUCCUCUUCCUGCUCACCACUCAGAGCUGCCCAUUCCUCAGAGGGGGGGCCGACCCCCACGCCAGCGCCUGCAGGCUCCACCCACUGACUUUUCAUUGGACCUGCCCCUGCAAAGAAGCGUGGUAGACCCUGCACUGCUGCAGGGACACGCCUCCUGCCUCUGACCACCCGACCAAUCAUCUUUGUCCUUCAGUGACUCUGCACAAAGAGUCGUUGACGUGUUUUUAUUUUCUGUCACCUGCUGAAGCUCUUUACACAUUUUCAUUUGUUUCGCUUCAGCUCAGGU